CAAGCUUUUCAAUCAGAAAUUAAGACUUUAACGAACGAGUUGUCCAGAAACGAGUCGGCAAGCGAAUUACUUAAAAAACACAAAGACGCCAUGGACAAAAAACUCCGAAGAUCAGAAAACAGAUUAUUAGGAGUGGAAGCAAUAAUUUUGAAUAUCCAAAAUAACUAUGAGAAUAUCUUGAAAGAGCACAAAGAAUUCCUGGAUCAAAUUAACGAUAGAAAUAAAAAUAAUUCUUUCCUAAACGAGAAGAUGACAGACUUGGAAUUGAAAUACGAGGAAGCUUGUGAACAGAUAAUUGAGUUAAGAAAACGACUUGAGGCUGUUUCCUUGAAACUUGUGCGGUUUGAGGAACGUUUUGGUGAGAAUUCUGACGGGAUCAGGGAAACGGAGAAAAAGCUUAUGAGAGUAAAAGAAAAUAAGCAAGAGUCGAAAUUGCACUGUGAUGUUUUGGACGGAGAAAUGAAUGAGUUGUAUAAUGGGCUUCAACUUUCCGAAACACAGAUCUCUUCUGACCAAAACAGGAAGAUGAUAGAUCUUGAAUCAAAAAAAAAUUUGAGCAUUUUACAAAUUGCAAACAAAGAACCUGAUGACCAGCAGAUGAGUUAAUAUCGUCGAACAAAGAUCUUUUGUCAGAUGAAAGGCAGUCACAAAUGGCUGUCACUAAAGCACUAUCUACAGUGAAGCUUGUUAAAGUUGUGACGCUGCAGGUGCAGAUGGAACAAACCAAAGUUCAUAUGAAGAUUACCUUCAAAAAUAAUAAACAGGUAAUCAAAGAGAAGUCCAAAAAGAUUGAAAACGCAAAACUUCGUCAAGAGAUUGAGGACAAAUUAUCUGUUGUGAAAGGAAGUCAAAAUGAAACUUAUAGAAAAAACUUUCCUCUCAGAAAUGAAAUACAACCAGUGGUGACAACAACUGUGGACACAGGAUUAAACCCGUGUGAACAUUUGCCGUUAAAAGCAUUAUUUCCAAAAGAUAUAAAUGCAUUUAAAAGAAUGGAAAAAAGAAAAGGACAAGAAAUAAAAUCAGUACAAAUAAUCUUUUUUGAAAUUUUUAUGGGUGAAUUGAAAAAGGAUUCGCUCCAUCGAAAAUUUUUUUCCAAUGAAAUUCGUUCAAAAAAACUGUUACCCCCAAGAAGUGAACCAGAAAAAACGACAUCCACGCAAACAUUCAUCAUUAAAACAAACGGUCGAUCUACGUCAUUAAGUUAUUAUGAUGUCAUCAAUCCCAGUCCAUCAAAAGAGGGUCGCCUUAUUCAUCCAUAAUUGGAAGCUUUUCAAUGGCUGAGAAAGUCCAACGCCCACCAAGUAGAGUACAAAAGACUACGAGGAGCAGCGAAAUCACUACGUUAGAGUUCGAGCACAAGGCGAAAACUCACGAAUCUGAAAUUGUUAUAGUUUCGCCAAAGACUCCUGUGGAAUGUUGCGUUAAAAAAAUUUCAAUGGUUAGUUUAAAAUUAUCACUCGCAGCUAGUAAUACGACUACUCAUCAAAUUUCUCUCCUGUGAGACGAAGAAAAAAAAUGCAAUUUAAAAUAUAAAAAAAAAACAAAAUUUGAAGUAAGCUCAUGCGAAGACAAGAAGGGAGAGAUGUUGAUAAGAUAUUAAUAAAAGACAUACUUUUCAUAGCGAAUUUCUUAAUUUCUUAUUUAAUCGAAUAUCUUAAAUAUAUCCGAUUCUUAUCGAUGUUUUUACAUUAAAAAAAUGUCGAAUGUGAUGUAACAUAUAAUAAAUUUUAUUGAAACAAAAAA